AUGGCAUCUCUCACUUCCAGCAGUCGACCUGCUAGCAUUCCCUCGUCGGGCAAAGAACUGAUGUUGGAACUCAAGCGGACCACCAACAUUACGUCCAACACGGACGGCGGCGGUGACUUUUUGGCACCCUACAAUGCCCAGCUGGUGCGCAAAUGCUUUCAAGAUGUCCAGCGAUCCUUUCAGACGUUGCGAGAAGAAAUGCAAGCGGUUCAGAUGCAAGGCGGCGGCAGUGGUGGUGGCGGUGGCGGUGAAUCCAAGUCGCAAGAUUAUAAUGAUAACAAUUCCGACAAUGAGGAAGACGAGGACGAUGAUGAUGAUGUUGAAAACAACAACAGCAACAACAACAACGCUAAUACCAAUGCUAAUACCAAUGAAAAGAAACCCAGCAUGAGCGCCCGACCAUCCAUCUUGUUGCACAAUGCCACCAUUGAACGACAAAAGCGGUGUUUGUUGACCUAUCACAAACAUCGCAUGGACCGCAUUCAAGACAUGGUGGCUAAUAAUAAUAGCGGGCAACAAGAAGACAAUUUGUUCUCGCAACACAACAAUGCCCACGAAGCCGAGUUUGCCAAUGACUAUCAACAAUUGCGGGAACAAUACGCGUCCGAAUAUGGUUUGGAAUUGAACAUUUUGCCACCCACCUCUCACAUGGUCCAAGUCAAGGUCGUGGAAGAUUUGUUGACCAAACUGGGUGGGCCGGUCGUGUUGGACAGCGGACGAUCCGUCAGCUUGACCAAGGGAAGUCGAUGGUAUUUGCCACGAUCGGAUGUUUUGGAAUAUUUGCAGGCUGGGUCCAUGGAGCUUUGCGAUGGAGAGGAAGUGGACUUUUAA